UUUUCUUGUGGAGCUGCUUCUGGAUUCGGAACUGCUCGAUACCUUUGCUACCGCACAAGGCCCUGGGCAGUCCGAGAUUCGCCAUGAUCAUGUGUGUCUUGAGUCUAGUGUUCUUUACAAUCGCUGCGCACUUCAGCCUUGUUCAGACAGACUGCAAGGAUGGCGUCCUCUAGUGUACGAUGCUCCUCCAUUACCUCUUGAUCCCGGUCUUUGUGCUUUCGUGCAUACUUUUGCGACUCGCUAUGCAUGUCGAAGACUACUCGCUAAGGACUUUGGCGGUUCGAGAGUGGCGCAAGUACUGGUACCGGGCAGCACAAUGGGCCACGAACGCCCUCCUGGGUUGCUCUCUCUUCGCGGAGCUGUACCUUACUUGCUUGCUCACGCUUUUUGCUCUAAAUGACGGUGCCGAUUACCGGGCGUCCUUUUACAUUUCCCUCGGACUUGCGCUCCUCGGCACAUCCGCUCUGGCCGGAAUCUUCACUUGGGCGCGUAACAGCUCGCAACUAUACUUCUCUUCUGAGGUCCAAUCCUGCUCGAAAACGAAAUGCGUUCUCUGGUGGUUCGGUUGCUCAAUCGUAUGGAUGGUCGCGGUCAGCUUUUUCUGGACGGACUGGGUACUCGCAGCGAAGAUAAACCUGUACUCGGGGUAUGCCCUUGUCGCAGGGCCGAACGCUACCAUCGGAGAAGAACAUAUCUCCCUCAACUGGAUUGCGUAUCAGUUCGCUUGUUUCGCGCCCACCUUAGCGUUCUAGAGUGGAACAUGCCAAGUAGGCGGCACAAGGGAGUUUCGAAUGACAUUUGCUCUUGAGCAUUGCUCCGGCUCGUUGACGAGAGUUUUGUGGUGGUUUGCAACGGUAUCAUUGGCAGCAACAUAGACUGCAAUACCAAAUUUCAUGACCUUUGCGCUCAGCGCGGCAAUCCCACCCAAGGUUUCGGGUGCUUCUAUCUCGGCGAGACUGCGAUUCGACCUCGCACCAGUUGCACAGUGGCGACG